ACCAGAGCCAAAUUGUAUGCGUGCAUGAUUAAAAAUGGAAUUGGCAAAUAGUAGGAUAUAUGACUUUGGUAUAAACGAAAAUUAUGAUGGAAGUGAAGGAGAGGAUGAAGAGGAUGAAUUCCCAGGAGAAUUGGAAUUCUCAUUGAACUUCGAUAGUUUGGCGACACCAUUCAUGGGUAAGGAUGGUGAAUUUGAUAGUGGACUUGGACUUAAUGACACCAUUACACUUGACGAAAAUCAAUUUGCAGUUUUGGACGGCAUUAACGGUGGAGUCAAGUUUGGAUCGGAGUUGAAUGAAAAGAAUUUUUUGGAUGGCGACAGUGGCUUACAUGCAAUUACGAAGGACUCUAAGGAUCAAUUAGAUGGUGGAAAAAUAGAUUGGAAAACUAACGAUGGUCCUGAAAGUAAUACAUUAACGAAAAUUUUCUCUGAAAAGUUUGAGCCAAGCAAAACCGAACCUCAACUCAUAAAGAACAAUGGUGUAACGAGCCGUGAAGAGUCCAAUGCGCUUACUGAACAACCCAUGAGCUUAGAAGAUUUGAAGUUCUUAUACAAAAAAGAUUUGUUAACGGAACGUCGAAAGUCGGCGUCCCUCAUGAGCAGCUCUAGGAAAGAAUCUGGAACUUACGCAGAGAAAGAUACUAUUGUAUCAGAUACUGCCGAAAGCUUUGUAACUUCGGAGGAUGAAGACGAAGUUGCUGAAGAAGACCUGGUCAGUGCAUCCUGGGUCGAUAAUCUCGACAUUGAUAUGGCAUCUUUCAACAUUCAUCACAACCAGGCAUAUAUUCCUGAUCAUGAUAACUUGGAUGAACGUUCAGAUGAUGAAUUUCUUCUUGGUCUUUUAAGUUCUGACUCGAGCGUUGAAAAUUUGAACGAUGAUGAACACGAUGAUGUUGAUCUCAUUGGGUGGGAAUGUUUUUUCGAUGAUUCUUCUGAUGAGUUGGAUCCAGUAAAUCGGAAUUCCCGUAGCCAAGCAUACCGUCGUCAUUCCUUUUCUACAAGUCGUCCUCAAGAAGAUGAUGGCGACACUACGGAUGAGGAAGUACCUCAACUGCGUGAACCCAAGCUUGGCAGGUCUGUUUCUUUGCAAGAAACCCCUUUUAAUUCUUCUGCAAUGCUCGACCCUCUGGCUCCUGCUUUCUCCGCCUCCCCCUUAUCCAAGAUUUCUUCCUUUCCUAAUCCUGUAGAUGCGGGAUUGGAACUCUCGCAAUCUAAGCCUACUUCCCCCAUAGAGACUUCCGUUCAUUCUGAGAAUCCUAGUAGUGAUGGACCUGUUCUCGCUAGCUUCGCUGACUCGUCCCCUGCUAUCAUGCUUGAAUCAAACAGCGUUCCCUCGUUUGCGCUAGAUCCGAAAUUGAACUUUUCUCAACCUAAACCUCCUGUUUUAGGUACUUGGGAUAGAGAACCAAACCAUUUGGUUGGCUUUAUUGACGGAAAGCAUUCCCACUCUCUUUAUGAAGAUAAGUUUAACGCAUCUAAAAAAGGUGAUGUGGAGACCACUAUUCCUACGCAAUCUUCAAAUAAGGCAUCGAAUACUGAAGAACCAUCUUUGGAUGAUAUCCUUGAUACAUCGCUUCUACAAGCUGCUACGACUAAUAAUGAUACGAAACCCGAGGAAUCUGUAACUAGCCAAGAGGAUCAUCUUCUAAACCGCUGGGAGAAAAUCCCUAUCGGUACUUUUAGACGAAAUCAAUAUAUUAAAUCAAUGGCUCGUAAGGACGAACUUAUUCGAGAUGAAUGGUGUACUUUGGCUAUUAAGUCACGCGAAAAGCGCAGACAUAAGCAACGUUCUGCCACCCUUAACAAUGUUAGUUCGAUUGCUGCAAAGCCAAAGCAUUCUCGUAAAGCUCGUCGUGCGCUUAAAAAGAAGGCAAAGAAAAUUACAUAUCGACAAUUACAUUCGGACUUUCAAAGCACUUUAGAAGACGAUCGAACUGACGGCUCUUAUUUUGAUAACGAUUAUGAAACUGUUGGUUUGGGUCUUGGUCCGGAGUUAUCUCCUCUAUUUGAAGUUCUGGAAUCUACUGGGUAUUAAACUUAAUUUUGGGUUAUUUUGGGUUAUUUACUUAAUACAUAUGUUUCUUUUUUACUAAGGAACUUUUAUCUGUAAAAGUUGCUUAGUAAUGCAACUGCUGUUUUAACUUAUAGGUUGACUUGAGGUACAACAAUGCGCAUGCGAAUGAAAUACUCUUAAUCUCUUUGUCCUGCUCAUUGAUGUUUCCGGUUCUUCUUUGGAAUAAAAGAUGAAAGGAAAGCUACCAAGUUGUCUAUUUGCAGCCUGAUUUGUCUUAUUUUAUUGUUUAGUUUGUUAUUUUUUCUCUAUUAUCGUGGUCUGGCUGGUUUAACUAUAUUUAAUGCUUAUGAAAAUAUGCUUAUUUCUGUUUGUUUUUAUCAUUUUUAAGCUUAGUAGAAUGUAUAAACAGAGUUACUAAAACAGGUCCUUUAAAUUAUCUAAUAUAAUUUAUGUUUUCUUUCCGUGUUCAUUCAU